AUGGAAGAGGUACAAGUGACUGAUGAAGGUAUGGUUGAAGAAGAAAAGGAAGAGGAAACCUUAAACAAAAUGUUGAAGGAAGUAGCUAAAGACAAAAAGGAGAUGAGAGUUGAUACAUCUAAAAAGACAAAAACUGAAAAGAAGGUUACUGAGAAGAUUGCUGAGAAAAUUGAUGAAGAGAUUAUGGAGGAAUUUAACACUGAAGUCGAUGAGGAGGAAGAGAAAAAUAAGAGUGAAUUUGAAAAGAAGGGUGAAGAUAAUGAUAAGGAAAUGCAUGAUUCAAGUGAUGCGGCUGAGGAUAAUUCUGGUGAGGAGGAAGAUCAAGACAAUGAAAAAUCUAGAGUUAAGGCUAUGUCAGUAGAGGUUAAAGACAUUGUAGAACAAAAGACAAUCACCUCUGAGAAGAAGAAGAAGCCAGUAAGGGUCAACACUCCUUACCCGGCCAAGAAAACUAAAAAGCAAGUUUCCCCAGCCAAGCCAGCAGCCAAGGCAAAGACCCCUCCUAAGAAAGUCCCUGUCAAGGCUGAUAUCAUCCAUGUGGCACCAAAAUCUCUCAAUUUUCUUUUGGGGUUUCUUCUCUCUCUUUGCUGCUUCUUACUCGCUCUCUUGUCUCACAACAACAAGUACACAAACGCAAACGCAAAAGCUGGGAUGGAAGCCCUUGGUUCUGUGGAUGACCUUUUGGAUUUCUCAUCUGACAUAGGCGAGGAUGAUGAUGACAACACAAAGAAAACCUUUCCUUCACUUGAACCGAAGAGCGGUGAUCAACUGUCGCUUGAUACAUUAGACCUGGUCGAUCCAAAUUCAUUGUCUGAGUGUGCAGAAGAAGAGCUUGAAUGGCUAUCCAACAAAGAUGCAUUUCCAGCUGUUGAAACAUUUGUUGACUUAGCCUGCAUUCAACCAGAUAUUUUGAAGUAUCAAAGGACAGCCCCGAUGCUCGAGAACAGCACAAGCAGUAGCAACAGCAAUAACAGUAGCAACAGCAUUACCCUGCUAAGUGGCUACAAUCACAUAAAGUUCCCUGUCCGAGCACGGAGCAAGUCUCGCAGUAAGCCUCGCCUUGGCCUUGCUGACACCUCUAACCAGCUAUUCUCGUGGAGACUACCGAGUAACAAAGAUUCAAAAAAACAAGCGGUACAAACCUUAGCCAUUGGGAGGAAAUGUAAUCACUGUGGAGCCGAAAGUACACCACAAUGGCGGGCUGGUCCAGAUGGUCCAAAAACACUUUGUAAUGCAUGCGGGGUUAGGUAUAAGUCUGGCCGACUUGUGCCUGAAUACCGCCCUGCAAAUAGCCCAACUUUUUGCAGUGACGUGCAUUCCAAUUCCCACAGGAAAGUAUUGGAGAUGAGGAAGCAUAAGGGAAUGGGUUGA